AUGUCGGAGUCAACGCCAGAGCUGGGGAAGCCUCAGUUCGCGUCGCACUCAUGGCUCGAGCCACUGGUCGUCGUGACCAUCAUGGUUGGCUCAUUGGUACUUAAUCGACGCAAGAACUACAGCAUCUUCGGCAGAGGCAACAAGUCACAGAGCGACUACUUGAACCCUACACCUAAUAAUGGCCGCGACUCAUCACCCCCUUGCCCGCAGAGGCCGGAGACCUUUUGCGGCAUCCCUAUCCACACCCCAGACUCGUCCCGCUGGGCAGAGCACAUCCACAGCAGGAUUCUGUGGAAAUACCCUUUUUUAAUCGAGAUGUUCUAUUGGGCUGUUAAUUAUCUUUUCUACUCCGUCACCAAGGCCAUGUCACAGUGGUUGUUGCCCGCCCAGAUCGAGGUCGUGCAAGUUGCCCAACAACACGGCGAGGAUGUUCUCUGGUUCGAGCAUGAAUCUUUCUUUAGUUGGAUGUUUCCUCUCCAGGAGUCGGCGUAUCAAAGGUUCUUCUUGGACCACGCCCCGGCCAUGAUGACCUUCUUCAACCGCAUAUAUUCAUUGGUUCACAUCCCAGGUACAGUGCUAUUCCUUGGUUGGUUCUACCACGAAGCUCCCGAUGCCAACACAUUCGCCAUCGCCCGUCGUACCAUGACCCUGGGCAACUUCCUCGCCUUCGCAACCUUCUGCGUCUACCCCUGCAUGCCACCCCGCCUUCUCCCCGAAUCCUACGGCUUUUUCGACACCGUCCGACAAGAUCACGCGGAAAGUGUCUGGGUGAACAGCAAAUCCGUCAACCAGUUCGCCGCCAUGCCAAGUCUGCAUUUCACCUACGCCUUUUGCAUCAGCAGCACUUUCCUCUACCAUUCCGGAAUCCUCCACCGUCUCCGCGGAAAGCGUGUGCGUAGAUCGCCCGUCUCCCAGAUCAUCUAUAGUGUACUGGCCGUGCUGUAUGCCGUGCUAGUCCUGAGUGUUAUCGUUGCAACCGCCAAUCACUACUGGCUAGACGCCGUCCUUGCGAUGGUGUCGGUCACUGCGUGUUUCUUUGGAAACCGCAUCCUGCUGCUCCUUUUGCCGGUGGAGUAUUGGAUUUGCUGGAUUUUGCGGAUCGCGAAGCCGAUCCCCAAUAUUGGGAAGCAGGAUGAUUGGAGGGAGGCUGAAUCGCCUCGUUACGGGCCCGUGUCGAAUUAUGAUUUAGAGUGA